CUGGACUUUUAAACCGUUCCUUUGCAGAGAAGAAGAAACACCGUGGAUUUUAUUCUGAUCGAAAGCUGAACAUUUUUGUUGAAAGACGAAAUGGAGGAGAAGUCGACAAAUCAAAACAAGAAGGAAUCAUAUCUUUCGUAGUUUUUUUAACGACACAACUUGAGCAUGACAACGAAAUCAAGAAACAAGCAAUCCGAUUGGCCGCUGGAGGGCUGGGAUCCAAAUGUACGACGUCUCAGCUACAAAUACGCCGUCUUCAUCAAGGGCGACUAUGUCUGGUUGGACUUGAAGACCGGUCGAGAGUUUGAGGUGCCGAUCGGUGCGGUGGUCAAACUCUGUGACUCGGGACAGAUCCAGGUGCUGGACGAUGAGGGAAAUGAGCACUGGAUCUCCCCCCAGAAUGCCACCAACAUUAAGCCAAUGCACCCGACCUCCAUCCACGGGGUGGAGGACAUGAUCCGGCUCGGAGACCUCAACGAAGCUGGAAUUCUGCGGAACCUGCUCAUCAGAUACAGAGAAAAGCUCAUAUACACAUACACUGGCUCCAUCCUGGUGGCCGUCAACCCGUAUCAGCUGCUGCCCAUCUACACCGCCGACCAGAUUCGCCUCUACACCAACAAGAAGAUUGGAGAGUUGCCGCCUCACAUCUUUGCCAUCGCCGACAACUGUUACUUCAACAUGCAGAGGAACAACCGCGACCAGUGCUGCAUCAUCAGUGGUGAGUCUGGAGCAGGGAAGACAGAAAGCACCAAGCUGAUCCUUCAGUUCCUGGCAGCCAUCAGUGGUCAACACUCCUGGAUAGAACAACAGGUCCUGGAGGCCAACCCUAUACUAGAAGCUUUUGGAAAUGCUAAAACUAUCCGCAAUGACAACUCCUCUCGUUUUGGAAAGUACAUCGACAUCCACUUCAACAAGAGAGGAGCCAUCGAAGGAGCCAAGAUAGAACAAUACCUGCUGGAGAAAUCCAGAGUGUGUCGACAGGCCUUCGACGAGAGGAACUACCACAUCUUCUACUGCAUGUUGAGGGGAAUGACCGGAGAGGAGAAGAAGAAACUGGGGCUGAGCAAAGCUACAGACUUCACCUACCUGACCACCGGAAAGUGCACAGUGUGUGACGGUCGAGACGACUUGAAGGAAUACUCCAACAUCCGCUCGGCCAUGAAGGUUCUGAUGUUCACAGACAAAGAGAACGGGGAGAUUUCUAAACUGUUGGCUGCUAUCUUACACAUGGGAAACCUCAGAUAUGAAGCUCGGACGUACGACAACCUGGACGCCUGCGAGGUCGUCCGAUGUCCUCACCUCACCACUGCUGCUACACUGCUGGAGGUGGACAGUAAGGACCUGAUGAACUGUAUCACCAGUCGGACUCUGAUCACCAGAGGAGAAACCGUCUCCACACCUCUCAGUAUAGAACAAGCUCUGGACGUACGAGACGCUUUCGUGAAGGGUAUUUAUGGACGUUUGUUUGUGUGGAUUGUGGAGAAGAUCAACGCCGCCAUCUACAAGCCUCCAUCAUCACAGCCCAAAUAUAUCAGACGCUCCAUCGGACUCCUGGACAUCUUCGGCUUUGAGAACUUUACUGUCAACAGCUUCGAGCAGCUUUGCAUCAACUUUGCCAACGAGAACCUGCAGCAGUUCUUCGUGCGUCACGUCUUCAAGCUGGAGCAGGAGGAGUACAACCUGGAGAACAUCAACUGGCAGCACAUCGAGUUCACCGACAACCAGGACGCCCUGGACAUGAUCGCCAUCAAACCCAUGAACAUCAUCUCGCUCAUCGACGAGGAGAGCAAGUUCCCCAAGGGCACCGACACCACCAUGUUGAACAAACUGAACUUUCAGCACAAACUCCACGCAAACUACAUCCCUCCAAAGAACAACUACGAGACUCAGUUUGGAAUCCAGCACUUUGCAGGAGUGGUUUUCUACGAAACGAGAGGCUUCCUGGAAAAGAACAGAGACACUUUAUACGGAGACAUCAUCCAGCUGGUUCACUCGUCCAAGAACAAGUUCAUCAAACAAAUCUUCCAGGCUGAUGUCGCCAUGGGAGCAGAGACCAGGAAGCGCUCGCCCACUCUGAGCAGUCAGUUUAAAAGAUCUCUGGAGCUGCUGAUGAGGACUCUGAGCGUCUGUCAGCCUUUCUUCGUUCGCUGCAUCAAACCCAACGAAUACAAGAAAUCCAUGUUAUUUGACAGGGAUCUGUGUGUGCGUCAGCUGAGGUACUCGGGUAUGAUGGAGACCAUUCGUAUCCGUCGUGCAGGAUAUCCCAUCCGCUACACCUUUGUGGAAUUUGUCGAUCGCUACAGGGUCCUCAUGCCCGGAGUCAAACCGGCGUAUAAACAGGAGGACCUGAGGGGAACGUGUCAGAGGAUCGCAGUGGCGGUGCUCGGCCGAGACGACGACUGGCAGAUGGGAAAGACAAAGAUCUUCCUCAAGGAUCAUCACGACAUGCUGCUGGAGAUCGAGAGAGACAAGGCCAUCACUGACAAGGUCAUCCUCAUCCAGAAGGUGGUUCGAGGCUUCAAGGACAGGUCGAACUUCCUGAAGAUGAGGAAGUCAGCCGUGUUCAUCCAGAAAACAUGGAGAGGAUAUCACUGUAGGAAGAACUAUGGAGCUAUGCGAGCCGGCUUCUCUCGCCUGCAGGCUCUGGUUCGCUCCAGGAAGCUGUGUGCGUCCUAUCACGUGGCCCGUCAGCGGAUCACGGGCUUCCAGGGGCGCUGUCGGGGCUACUUGGUGCGCCGGGCGUUCAGGCACCGGCUGUGGGCCGUCAUCACCAUCCAGGCCUACACCAGAGGCAUGAUCGCCCGGCGGCUGUACAAGAGGCUGAAGGGAGAGUACCGCAGGAGGCUGGAGGCCGAGAAGAUGCGUCUCGCUGAAGAGACCAAACUGAGGAACCAGAUGUCUGCGAAGAAAGCGAAGGCUGAGGCCGAACGCAAACACCAAGAGCGUCUGGCCCAGCUGGCCAAAGAGGACGCCGAGCAGGAGAAGAAGGAGAAGGAGGAGGCUCGGAGGAAGAAGGAGAUGGUGGAGCAGAUGGAGAAAGCUCGUCUGGAGCCCGUCAACGACUCAGACAUGGUGGACAAGAUGUUCGGCUUCCUGGGGACGACCAACUCUUUCCCGGGGCAGGAGGGACAAGCUCCUGCCGGCUUCGAGGACCUGGAGCGAAGCCAUCAAGAGCUGGAGGUGGAGGAUCUGGACGAAGCUCUUCCUCUGCCUGAGGACGAUGAUGAAGAAGAUCUGUCGGAGUACAAGUUCGCCAAGUUUGCCGCCACCUACUUCCAGGGCACCACCACUCACACUUACGUCCGACGACCUCUCAAACAGCCGCUGCUCUUCCACGACGACGAGGGAGACCAGCUGGCUGCUCUGGCGGUGUGGAUCACAGUGCUGAGGUUCAUGGGAGAUCUGCCGGAGCCCAAGUACCACACGGCCAUCAGCGACGGGAGCGAGAAGAUCCCAGUCAUGACCAAAAUCUACGAGACGCUGGGAAAGAAGACGUACAAGAGGGAGCUGCAGGCGCUGCAGGGGGAGGGGGAGACGCCUCAGGCCGACGGCCACAAGAAGAACAGCGUCCGACACAAACUGGUGUCGCUCACGCUGAAGAAGAAAUCCAAGAUCACUGAGGAGGUCACCAAGCGCCUUAAUGAUGGGGAGUACGGUGUCCAUGGCAACAGCAUGCUGGAGGACCGGCCCACCUCGAACCUGGAGAAACUUCACUUCAUCAUCGGGAACGGGAUCCUGAGACCAGCGCUGAGGGAUGAGAUCUACUGUCAGAUCUGUAAGCAGCUGAGUCAGAACCCGUCUAAGAGUUCUCACGCUCGAGGCUGGAUCCUCAUCUCUCUGUGCGUCGGCUGCUUCGCCCCGACAGAAAAGUUUGUCAAGUACCUGAGGAACUUCAUCAGCAGCGGUCCACCGGGUUACGCUCCGUACUGCGAAGAGAGGCUGAGACGGACAUUUGCUAACGGGACGAGAACACAACCUCCGUCCUGGCUGGAGCUGCAGGCCACCAAGUCGAAGAAGCCCAUCAUGCUGCCGGUGACGUUCAUGGACGGCACGACCAAGACGCUGCUGACGGACUCCGCCACCACAGCCAAGGAGCUCUGCAUCGCCCUGUCGGACAAAAUCAACCUGCAAGACCGCUUCGGCUUCUCACUGUACAUCGCUCUGUUUGACAAGGUUUCCUCUCUAGGCAGUGGGAACGACCAUGUGAUGGACGCCGUGUCGCAGUGCGAGCAGUACGCGAAGGAGCAGGGAGCCCAGGAGAGGAACGCCCCCUGGAGGCUGUUCUUCAGGAAGGAGAUUUUCACGCCCUGGCACUGCCCCGGCGACGACCUGGUCGCCACCAACCUCAUCUACCAACAAACUGUGAGGGGCGUCAAGUUUGGAGAAUACCGCUGCGACAAGGAGGACCUGGCAGAACUGGCCUCUCAGCAGUACUACGUCGACUACGGCUCAGAGGUCCUUCUGGAGCGGCUGCUCAGCCUCAUUCCCUCCUACAUCCCAGACAGAGAGAUCAGCCCCUCCAGGACCGUGGAGAAAUGGGCCCAUUUCAUCAUGGCUGCCCACAAAAAGGGCAUCUACACCCAGAAGAGGUUUGACCCUCAGAAGGUGAAGGAGGAAGUGGUCGACUUCGCUCGUCACAAGUGGCCUCUGCUCUUCUCUCGAUUCUACGAAGCCUUCAAAUUCUCAGGUCCCAGUCUGCCUAAAAACGACCUGAUCGUGGCCGUCAACUGGACCGGAGUUUAUUUUGUAGACGAGCAGGAGCAGGUCCUUUUGGAACUCUCCUUCCCAGAAAUCAGUGCAGUGUCCAGCAGCAGCGGAGGAAAGUUGCAGGGUCAGAGUUUCACAUUGGCGACCAUCAAAGGUGAAGAGUACACGUUCACCUCCAACAACGCAGAAGACAUCCGUGACCUGGUGGUGACCUUCCUGGAGGGCCUGAGGAAGAGGUCAAAGUUCGUGGUCGCGCUACAAGACAACCCCAACCCCACUGGGGAGGAGUCAACGUUCCUCAGCUUCCUGAAGGGAGACUUGAUCCUGUUGGACCAGGACACGGGCGAGCAGGUCCUCAACUCUGGUUGGGCGCACGGCGUCAACGAGCGAACCAAUCAAAGAGGAGAUUUCCCGGCUGACUGCAUCUAUGUCCUGCCCACCAUGGCUCGACCGCCGCAGGAAAUAGUGGCGCUGGUAACCAUGACACCGGACCAGCGACAGGAGUCGGUUCGUGUUUCACAGCUCGUUUUGCCCGAGAGUGACGACAGAAUGAAACCCUACACACUGGAGGAGUUCUCCUACGACUACUUCAGGCCUCCUCCCAAACACACCCUGAGCAGAGUGAUGGUCACUAAGAAUCGUGGGAAGGACAAACUGUGGAGCUGCACCAGAGAGCCGCUCAAGCUGCCGCUGCUGAAGAAGGUGAUCAACCACGAGGAGCUGAGUCAGGACGCCUGCAUGUCCUUCAUCGCUGUGAUGAAGUACAUGGGCGACUACCCGUCCAAACGGACGCGCUCAGUCAACGAGUUGACGGACCAGAUCUUUGAGGGAGCGCUGAAGGCCGAACCUCUGAAAGACGAGAUCUACUGUCAGAUCCUCAAGCAGCUGACUGACAACCACGUCAAGUACAGUGAGGAGAAAGGCUGGGAGCUGCUGUGGUUGUGCACUGGUCUGUUUCCUCCCAGUAACGUGCUGCUGCCUCACAUCCAGCGCUUCCUGCAGUCGAAGAGACACCACCCGCUGUCUGUAGACUGUAUGCAGAGGCUGCACAAAGCUCUACGUAACGGAUCCAGGAAGUACCCCCCUCACCUGGUGGAGGUGGAGGCGAUCCAGCAUAAAACAACGCAGAUCUUCCACAAAGUCUAUUUCCCCGAUGAUACAGAUGAGGCGUUCGAGGUGGAGUCCAGCACCAAGGCAAAGGAUUUCUGUCAGAACAUCUCCACCCGGCUGCUGCUCAAAUCUCCUGAAGGGUUCAGCCUCUUCGUCAAGAUCUCAGACAAGGUGAUCAGUGUUCCAGAGGGAGAUUUCUUCUUUGACUUUGUCCGACAUUUAACCGACUGGAUCAAGAAGUCUCGACCAGUGAAAGACGGUAUCGUCCCCUCUCUGACCUACCAGGUGUUCUUCAUGAAGAAGCUGUGGACCAGCACAGUUCCAGGGAAGGACUCCUUCGCAGACUCCAUCUUCCACUACUACCAGGAGCUGCCUAAAUACUUGCGUGGCUACCACAAGUGUUCACGAGAAGAGGUUUUCCAACUGGCGGCGCUCAUCUACCGCGUCAAGUUCGAAGACGACAAAUCUCACUUUCCUACAAUUCCCAAGAUGCUUCGGGAGCUGGUUCCCCAGGACCUGAUUCGCCAGAUGUCUCCGGAUGACUGGAAAAGAUCUGUGGUGGCGUACUUCAACAAACAGGCCGGUAAGUCCAGGGAAGAGGCCAAACUGAUGUUCCUGAAGAUUAUCUACAAAUGGGCAACCUUUGGCUCCGCCUUCUUCGAGGUCAAGCAAACCACAGAACCCAACUACCCAGAGAUCCUGCUGAUCGCCAUCAACAAACAUGGAGUCAGUCUCAUCGACCCCAAGACCAAGGACAUCCUGAUCACACACCCCUUCACCAAGAUCUCCAACUGGAGCAGUGGGAACACCUACUUCCACAUCACCAUCGGCAACCUGGUCAGAGGAAGCAAACUGCUGUGUGAGACCUCACUGGGUUACAAGAUGGACGACCUGCUGACCUCCUACAUCAGUCAGAUGCUGACCACCAUGAACAAGCAGCGCUCUGGGCGGGGCCACAGCAAGUGAACUUCUUACUGGCAGGAGGCCGCUGAGCUCAUCCGGCUCUUGCGCCCUAUAGGCCAGCACUGCAGCUGGGGGCGGACCUUCGCCCACCAGCUGUGGAGGAUGAGCCGCAGUCCUUCUAAUAGCUCCCAAGGGUCAAAGGUCUCCGGGGAGAGUUCGGCCGGCAGCAGCGACGACCCCGGCGAAGGCCCCAGCAACUAUCACCCCCGCAAACACAACUACGACGAGGACGAGCCGUCCAGCGAGGAUGACUACCUCUAACACUCCAACCUCUUCGUCCAACAGGUCCACAGUCAGACCUGCGUGUACAGAAACACAGCGUGGAGUCAGUUCUGCUGCCAUGUGUCCAUCGAUGGACUGAUUCAGAUCAAACUCACGACUCUUGGAUUCAGAUUUCUGCCAAGUUCAGAGGACAGGGUUCCUGUGCAGGUCCCACCACACGACCUGCUUGGAGUUCUGUACGACUGACCGGAGACAAGAGGUCACACUCGACAUCAUCUUCACCAGGAGACCCCCGACUAGUAUGUCUGUUGUCUAACCACCCUCACCCCAUCCUGUUCUCUGAUUGGCUGUAUUUGUCUGCAAAUCGUAUUAAUUUUUAGUCUUUGAAGAGUUCACGCGUUACAUUUGUCGAAUGCCGAUCAAACGCUGAUUUGGCUCCGAUCUGGGACUCAGCAAGUUCCAACAUUUGUCGGAGUGGGAAUCUGACUAAAAUAAUGUUUGGUGUGAACUGGACGUCAGUGAACGUUGCAGCGACUCCAUGUGGAAGCAGGUCUUCACUGUCUCAACGUCUGUGCUGCCUAAACAUAUUCACAUUUACUAGUGAGGGUAAACUCCUCUGAGGGAGUGAUCAUGUGAUCAAGCUGUGGACAGAACCAGGCUUCACAUUUUCUCUCGGCGGCUGUGAGCUCAACUGUUAGUUAUGAUUUAAAUGAACAGUUGAACAGCCACAUCAAGGGAUUUAUUAUAUUAUUAAGAAUUACUGUUAACUGGAAGUUCUGAUCAAAUGUUAUUUGAAUGAUAAUAAAUAUAUAAACUUAAUGAAUAAUUGUCCCUAAUGGUUUUACAUCUUUAGCAGUAUGAUUGUAUUAAAAGUCAAUCAGAUAUGGUAUUAAAAAGCUCUUGCAUUUAAUUUCACAAGUUAAAAUGCAUGUUAACAUAUGAUCAUAAUAACUUUUUAAAGAUUCUCAACAUUCCGGCCUCUGGCCUCUGAGCUGCAGACAGAUGUUCUUGCUCCUUUGUUGGUGCAUCUUAAAACUGACAAAGUAUAAAAGUUUAAAAAGGUAAAAAGUUUUUUUGUCGUCUGUGACUUCUGCCGUGUUAUUAUAAGAAUAUUCUUUACAGUGAAGUGAAGCUCCCUCUGUCCCGACUCACUGAAUUACACCUGUACCUGGUGUUUACUGUGUGUAAUCCUUUAUUUUCUGAGUGUUUUCUAAUCCAUGGUUUUUGUUUACAUCUCUUUUGUUUAAUGUUGUUUAAUAUUAUCAGAUUUUAAUUUUUCUAAUUUAAUUUCAUGCCUUAAUUGUUUAUUUAUGUAGAAACGACAUCACCCAGCAUCCAAUGGGGUGCAGCUGCUGUUUUUAUGGGGCUUCUCUAAUAUUCAUGUCAGAAUACUAAAGCUCUUAAUGUCUCUGAGAUGCAGCUGAAAAAGUUCAUAACAUGAGUUAAAACAUCUUUUAUCAAAAUACUGUCAUGAUCACAGUCCAGUAGUUGUUGAUUUUACUGUUAUUACAAAUGUUAUUCGUCUUUUGACACGUUGAAGUUUGUGGAUGAGAACUGUGCACUUCAAAAAGGGAAAUUUCAAUGUUAUUUACAGAGUUGUUAAGAAUGUUCUGUUUACAUAGAAACUUGUCAAAGUGUAAAAUCUUUACUGAGACUAAAUCAAAACUAACUUUGUAGGAAGAGACGGACUGAACGACCACGUCCGCACCUCGGCUGAGCAGGAGAGGAUUGUGUCUGUGUCUGAAUCUGCAUUCAAGUACUUUUAUAUUCAGUAAUUCAUGAGGGAUAUUUAGAAGUCAAAAUAAAUCACCUUCCAGAUGUGGAUGGAUCCUGGGCUGGGUUUUGAAAAGUUGCUUAAAGUUAAAAUGUUGACUCAAAUGUUUUUCUUGUAUUAAAUGUCUUGUUAAAGAUCACCACUGAUGAAUUUAUCUUUGAGCUAAUUUAAAUUAAGACUUUCAGUGCUACUUUGCAUAAAGAUUUUCUAAUCUUGAAUAAGAUUGUUGUUGUUUUUGUUGAAAGUUUCUGGCAUUUUACACACAACAGAACAAUAACUUUAAAUAACUUAUUAAAGAUAAGAUCCCCAGAAGACAGAAUAUGUAAAAGCAGAAAAACAAGUUGAACAAUGAAUUGACUGUCCCAGCGUCCCUCCACUUGAGGACUCGUCUCCUUCCAAGGCUGCAUUGAAAAUAACUGGAUUAUUUCAUUUACCACCGAUUUGGUUUUUGCACAGUUAAACUUCAGUAAACAUCAGUGGGUUUAAAUCCAUCAACACGUGUUAUGUUUAACUUUGAAAAGAUAAACAGGUUAUUUUAAAAUUCUAAUCCUAUAGAAAUAUAAUAACAAUACAAUCCUACUUGUAAGUAACAAUUAUCUUCAUUUGAUUUAAAGCAUUUAGAGAAGUAACGUGUUCAUGUGCUGAAUCAAAUCAUAUAUGUGAUAUAAAGAUUUACACCGUUUGUCUUAUUUUCCUUCAUGUGUUUGUGGUCAGUGAAAACUCUGCCUUGUGAGAAAGAUUAAAAAAAUGAGUUCACACGAUGAAAACUUCGUUAACUUUCACUGGAGGUUUCACUUGUAUCAUAAAUUAAUACACUGGGAUUUGAACUGUGCCAAUGAUUUCAUCUGAAACCUUCGUGUUGUUCAGAUUGUUGUGUUUUUUCUGGACUGAUGCAAACUUGUGUUGUUUGGUGUCGUGUUGUAUUUGAGUUGGUUUGUUAGAUUUUGUUUUGACUCGUCUGGAGAAAAGUUCACUUUUGUAUGAAACAUUAACUUGUUGUGACUUUACUGAUAUAAAUGAAAUAACAUCAGGUUAUUGUGUAAUUUGUUUAAUUGUGAGUUGUGUGUUAAAUCGUUAUCCUGAUCAAUCAUCACUUGAAUAAUUGACUAAUUAAAUCAUUUUUUUGUCCAAAUACAUCUUCAAUAAAAAGUAACUUGUCA